AUGUCUGGGGAUUACAGGUCUAACACCAAUAAUGGUAAUAAUAUUACUACUAAUAUAAACAUAAGUAGAAAUGAAAAGUAUACCGGAAAAAAUAUUGAAGUGUCUGAAUAUAAUGAUACCAUAUGUGUUAUUUGUUUAGAACCCAUUUAUGAGCAUACUCUGUUUAAAAGUAAAGAAACUAUAAAAAUAAAAGAAAUCGUAUCGGUACUGUUACCGUGUAGACAUGAAUAUCAUCAGCAAUGUUUGCACAAGUGGUUUGACUUUUGUAACGCCAGUACUAAUAAUGGAAAUGUUUUUGCUAAUACCAAUAUUAAAUGUCCAACUUGUAGAUCCAGAAUAAAUGAAGAAGAGCAAUACACAAUAAGUACAACCCAUCAUGAAUACAACGAAAAUACCAAACAUGUAACUAAAAAGUUUGAAAAAAAAGUUAUACUAGAUUUUGAAUAUUUCUGGAUUAACAUCUUGAGCGUUGAUAGGAUACAAAAAGCAUCGUUACUUUUAAUGUCAGAGAGGAAAGACAGUUUUAAUGGAAAGUCCAAGCAUGAAGACAUAAUUAUAGAGGAAACUUACGAAAAUAUGUGUAAAUUUACAAGAACCUUAUACCAUCAAAAUAAAGAAAGAGAAAGAAAAGAAAAGCUUUGUAAUAUAGUUCGGGGCAUUUUAGAUCCUAUAUAUUACAAUGCGAAUCACAAGAUGGAAAUGGAACGUUCUACAGCUUUUAGUAAAAAGCAAUACAAACAGAUUAAUGAGAAAGUAUCUAGAAUAUUAUACAAAACAUCAAGUAAAAAUCAUAAAGAAUUGGCCUUGAAGUUAUGUGAAUCUGAAAUAUCUGGGAUUUUGACUCCAAAACAGAUUAUAGUGCGGCAAAAUGAUAAAUUAAUAAUAAUGUAA